UUUGACAGUUGCGCGUUUGUCAAGUACCUAAUAAAAACGUAAACGUAACACAAAAUAUUAUUUUCUAAUUUUGUUUUAACCAUUCUAUUGAAAACAAAUUAAUAUUCUUACAUUUAACAUGGAUACAUUAAUUUCAUUUAACUCUAAAAUAAUGAAUAAAAUUAGAACAGCGGGUGAUGGUAUGGAAUCAAAUGAAAAUGUAAAUGAAAACAAAAUAAAUAAACCUGAAUCCAGAACGGUUCUACGGGCAAGUAGUAAAGAAUCUUUACUUCCUGGUCGCUUAGUUCAAAUAUAUCCCUCAAAAAUAAUUACGCCUGAAAAGAAAAGUUCUCAUAUAUACUCUAAGAAUCCAAAGUUCGUUCCAUACGAGCCCUACGCAGGUGCUGUCAAACCGAUAACUCCUCGACUUUUGUUAAAAGGAAACAAAAAAUCAAGAAAUCGCAUGGAUAUUAACAAACUAAUUAACCAGAUGUCACAAAUGAAUACUAACAUUAACGAAUUUAAGCCUAGAAGAAAACUUGCAUCUUGCAGUGAUAAGUCCGAAACAGAUUCAGAUAAACCAAGAAUUGAUAAUGAAAUUCAAAAGAAAUUAGAAGAAUUAACAAAAGAAAAUGAAAAUUUAAAGGAGCAACUGAAACAACAAGCCCAGGUAAAUAAGGAGUUAAAGACAAUGCUUGUGGCCUCUAUGGGUGAAGAUCUUGAGUUUCAAGUCCAUUCCCUUAAUGAAGAUAAGAAACACUUAGCUAAUGCUUUAGUCAAUUCUGCACAACAUUUGUCUACACAUCAGGAACAAACUGAAUGGCUAGCUGGUCAAUGUGAAGUAUGGAGAAGUAAAUUCCUUGCUAGCAGCCUUAUGAUUGAAGAACUGGCGCAGUGCAAGAAAAUGCUUAAUGAGAAAACAGUGAACUUGAAUCAAGCAGUAAAACAAUUGCUUGAUGAGAGAUGUCGAAUGAGGGAUAUGAUGAUUUGCACAUACAAAAACUUGUACAGCCUUCAUGAGAAUUGGUUAGAAAGUGUGGCUAUUUCUGAAUGCAUGGGAAGUAAACAUAGACCAAUAGGCAAUCUUAACUUUAACACUACAAUGCCUCAUUCUGCUAGUGUCCUUGAUUUAGCAUCUACAAAUUUAAAAUUGUCUGAAAACAUUAGCAGUUCAACAGAGAAACAAACUAUUAAUCAUUUAGAUUCUCUAGCCACAGCCACUGAGGCCGAGAUAUAUGCAGAGAAAGUUAUGGCAAUGCCAUUUGAAAUGAAGAAAUUAAAUGAAGAACCAGUAAAUGCUCUUGUUCAUCACGCUUACAACAAUAGUGGGAUCAUAUCACCACCGGUUGCAUCUUGCAUGCAUUGUAAUGGAAAAGUUCAAUUGCUGUAAAUAAUACAUUUUUGAUUCAAAUUUGAAAUAAAAUUUGACUAAGCUUGAGCUUUAAUUUAUAUUACCUAUUCAUAACUUUUUAAAUUAAAUAUAUACAUAUGUAAUUCAUAUUAAUAUCUGUAUAAUUAAUAGCUCAAAAUUGCACAAUCAUACAUAAUAAGAAGCAAAUUUUAAAAUCAGGAAACUGUGUUUAUUGUAGUAUUAAUUGUAUUGUUCAAGGAAAGAGGUAAUUGUAUAAAGAAGACACCAUUAAAAAGCUAAGACACCAUUUUCAUUCAGAUUUUAUUUUAUAAGUCUUACACUUUUUAUGAAUUUUAUUAUUUAGUUUUUGAUAUAACUAUUGUAUAAAAUAAAUAUGAAACUGUAUAUUAUUAAUGAUUACUAAGGUGGUUACUAUCUAUUAGAUUUCUGUUAAGAUUAAAACAGUAGUUCAACAACGAUAGCAUCAAAACCGAGGUUUUAGUUUUAAUUAGUUUCGUGCGACGCACAGUUUAUAAAACAUUUGCAAAUGACAUAUUUCGCUAGCUCACCAUCUGAAACGAAACUUGGAUUUGCACUCAUCCAAAUUUUAUCACGAAUUUUUGCUGCCAAUGUCAUAUCUGAUCUAGAGUACAUCCAAGAGUUGUAAUAUUAUUUAAAUAUUCAAUACAUAUAGUAUGUAUAUAAUAUAUGUACGGGGUAGAUUCAUUUUUAAAAAUAUUAAGCAAUAUUAUGUAAGUACCUACUUCAUCAAAAUCAUAAUAGUUAGUAAAAUGGCAUUACCGGUAUAGUAAAUGUUUAACUGAUAUUUGUUCACACCAAUUGAAAUGUUUUCACUCUACAAAUAAAAGCUUUAAAUUAUUUUCAUAGGUUUAGAACUUGAUGGCUGAAAACACAUAUAUGUUGCAUGAAGUUAUAGUAUAUCCUGUAAUAUGAAUACUUAUUUAAAAAUGUAAAUAUUUGUUAAAUUCUCAUUUGCAAUAAUAAAAGUAUAAUGUUCUUGUUA